UUGUCUACAAUGAACCAAACAAGAGUCACAGACUUCGUCCUGCUGGGUUUCGGAAAUCUUUACAGCUUCAGCAUUAUAUUUUUCAUUCUGUUAUUGAUCAUCUUUCUUCUAACAAUUAUAGGAAACCUUCUUAUCAUCGUCCUAGUGUGCACCAAUGCCCGGCUCCAGUCCCCCAUGUAUUUCUUCCUCUGUCAUCUUUCCUUUUCUGACCUUAUACUUUCCACCAUUAUUGUACCCAACAUGUUCGAUGCUAUUCUACUAGGAUUGAAAAUAAUGACUUUCACCUCCUGCAUUACACAGUUAUAUUUCUACAGUGGUUUGAUGAUUACAGAAUGUUAUCUUCUUUCAGUGAUGUCCUAUGACCGAUACCUGGCCAUCUGUAACCCCCUAAGAUACUCCAGUAUCAUGGACUAUAAGUUACGUGUUGGUCUUUCAGUAUGGCCAUGGUUGGUGGGUCUUACUGUUAAUCUUUCCGGAGUCAUGCCCGUUGCAAAUUUAAAUUUUUGCCAUGACAAUAUCAUUGACCAUUUCUACUGUGACUUCUCUCCGCUCCAGAAGCUUUCUUGCUCGGACACUUCUCAUAUAUACAUAGAAAUACUUCUUUUUUCUAUGCCACUUUUUAUUUUUCCAUGUGGGUUUAUCAUUGUCACCUAUGUGUAUAUCUUCCUCGCCAUAUUUAAGAUACCAUCCACAACUGGGAAACAGAAAACCUUCUCUACCUGCAGUUCUCACCUUAUUGUUGUGGGGACAUAUUACGGGUCAAUAACCAUUAAAUACAUGAUCCCAUCUAAAGGACAGUCAUCGCUUAUUGAUAAGAUUUUAUCCUUACUGCACACUGUGUUCACUCCCCUGUUUAACCCUAUUAUCUAUAGUCUCAGAAACAAGGACAUAAAGAUGACACUUAAAAAGGUUUCUCAAAAAUAAAGAAAACUUUUAUUUAAUUCCAAAUUUUGUUGUCUUAUAGUAGCAUAUAUAUAUACACACUAGUAUCUCAAAAACAGGCAA